AUGUCCCUGGUGGCUCCGUUACAAUUUUCCACAGUCCAGCCAAACUUAUAUAGAGGAUCCUAUCCACGAGAGAUCAAUCUCUCAUUUCUAAGGACCCUUAGACUGAAAUACAUACUAUCAUUGACACCUGAACCUUUGAGUAGUGAUCCUUUAAUGGUGAAGUUUUGCGAAGAGAACAACAUUAGGACGAUUCACAUAAAAUGUCAAAGCGAAAGAAAGGCAGACAAGACCAAACCCAAGAUCAAAAGGAAAAAGAAAACAGUUCCCAUUGAAUACGAUGUCGUCGUACGAUGCGUUAAAUUUCUUAUCGAUAAGAGACACUAUCCCUGCUAUAUGCACUGUACAAAUGGGGAAUUGAUAAUAUCUCUAGUUGUGGCAUGUAUGAGAAAGUUCUCAUAUUGGAGUACGGUGUCCAUAUUAAAUGAGUUUUUGGUAUAUAACUCCAGCAUCAAUAUUCAUGAAAGAAAUUUCAUUGAAAACUUCAACUCUGAAAUUGAAGUUGAUGAUCUAGAUAUAAAGGACAAAGUUCCUUGGAUUACCGUACGAUAUAUUGCGCGAGCAUCCACAGAAUCAAAGGAUGAGUUGCAUACUGAAGAUGCUAAUGCCUCCGAAAAGGUUGCAAGAGUAAGUAGCGUGUCAAAUUAUUUGCCAAAAUUAAAAUUUCAUAGUAUGUAA